CGCGGCGGACUCCGUUUCCCAGAGUGCCCAUAGGGGGUGGCAUGGCGGAGAAGGAUGACACCGGAGUUUGACGAAGAAGUGGUGUUUGAGAACUCCCCCCUGUACCAGUACCUGCAGGACCUGGGGCACACAGACUUUGAAGCAUGCUCCUCCGUGUCGCAGAGGGCAGAGCUGUGUGCGGCAGCAGAGAGCCAGAAGGAGAGAGCUGUGCCUGCUGCCCACAGACAAGGCAUCCUGUCAAAACUAGCUGAGCUCCUCAGGAGCUGCUUUCCUUUUCCACACUGCAAGAGAAAUGAGGACAUCCUUCACCGCCUGGACCUGGGCUUCCGGGCGGACACGCUCCGGACCAUCCUGCACCAGGAGGUGCUGCUGCAGGAGGAUGUGGAGCUGAUGGAGUUCCUUGACCCCAGCAUCCUGGCUGCAGGGCAGUGUAAGCACCAGGACAGCAGGCAGCUGCCGACGCUCCGCUCCCUAGCAGCUCCCAGCCUUUGGGAUGUCUCGCUGCUCCUUGCCUUCCUAAGUGCUGUGUUUGUGCUGCCUUCGUGCUGGAAGGAGCCCUGGGGGCUGCCCUGGGGGCUGCUGCUGCUGGGCUACGCAGCCUUGCGCCUGUGGGGCACGUGGAGGACAGCCCGGCUGCAGCGGUCGCUGCGCAGGCACUGCGUCCAGCUGGAGGAGACGGUGGCCAGCAGCAGAGCCUUCACCAACCUGGUGAGGAAGGCCCUGAGGCUCAUCCAGGAGACCGAGGUCAUCUCCAGAGGAUUCACCCUUUUGCUUGACAGGGUCAGUGCUGCUUGCCCAUUCACUAAAGCUGGCCAGCACCCCAGCCAGCAGCUGCCGGGCCUGCGCAGGGCUGUGUACCGAGCGGUCGCGGCCAACCUCCGCGCCGCCAGGCUGGCCACGCUCUACAUGCUGAAGGCCUACCCUCUGAACUCGGAGAGCGACAAUGUGAGCAGCUACAUCUGUGUGGUGCCUUUCAAGGAGCUGGGCCUGGGGCUGAGUGAAGAGCAGGUGUCUGAGGAGGAGGCACACAACCUGACCGAUGGCUUCAGCCUGCCUGCACUCAAGGUCCUGUUCCAGCUCUGGGUGGGACAGAGCUCGGAGUUCUUCAGGCGGCUGGCGCUGCUCCUCUCGCCGGCCAACGCCUCCCCCACGCCCCUGCUGUGCCCUGACCGCCUGCCUCACCGCAUCCUGUCCGACGUGACCCGAGGCCUGCCUGGCACCCAGGCCGCCUGCCUGGAGGAGCUGCGCAGGAGCUACGAGUUCUAUCGCUACUUCCAGACGCAGCCCCCGGCGGGCGGCGAGCGGCCGGCGCGGGCGGCGCGGCAGCGCUGCGGGCAGCUGGGCGGCCUGCAGACCGCGCUGCGCAGCCUGCAGCUGCACCUCAAGGCGCUGCUCAAUGAGGUAAUAAUUCUUGAGGAUGAACUUGAAAAGCUUGUCAGCACCAAGGAGACAGCUGAGUUGACAACAGAAGCCCAUCAAGCUCUGGAGCAGAAGCUGAAGUUUAUUCAGCCUCACAUGCAGGCCAGCAACAGCUGCUGGGAAGAAGCCAUUUCCCAGGUGGAAAGAAUGAGUGGAAGAAACCCCAAGCAAAAAGGCAAGCCUGAGGUUUCCUGUGCCAGCCUCCAGCACACUGCAGUCCCUUUAAGCCAGCCUGCCAUAUACAUAGAAAACAGAGACCCAGUCCCUGAGGAGCAGGAGCUGGAAGCCUAUGUGGAUUAUUCUGAUUCAGAGAGUGAACACAGGAGGGAAGAUUUCUACUGCUUCUCCCAGGAAGAGAGAGAGAGGCAAGAACGAGAGAGGCAGGAAUCCAAGAGGGUGUUGCAAGAGCUCAAAUCUGUGCUGGGCUUCAAGGCUUCAGAGCUGGAAAGACAGAAGUGGAAGCAGCUGCUCUUCAGUGACCAUGCUGCAGUGAAGCCCCUGUCUCCUGUAGAACCACUGAAGCUCCUAAAUAAUGGGGAAUCACACAUGACUUCAGCUGCAGAACAGCAGAACUGUAGCCAGAGGUGUGACAGAGCUGGAGAGACAGACUCAGACCCAAAAGGGAAUGCUGCUGAUAAAAGCAGGACAGAGCAUUUGUCUGAAGACCCUGAGGUGGAGGAAAACAAAGGCAGUGCUGCUGAGGAAGGGCUUUCUGUGAGGGCUGAAGCAGGAAUGUGUAACCAGCAGCAGGGGGAAGACCUGAAGGCAAGCAGCUGGGAUGGAGCAGAGGAUGCAGAGCCUGCCUGGAAGGAUGCACUGCACUCCAAGAUCAAGCACAGGCUGGCCCAGCUCCACACAGCCACAGACCUCACCUUCACAGCAGGCCUGGCUGCACAAGCUGCUGCCAGGUCUUUCACUUUCACUGCAAUGCAAGAAGAGACUUUUGGAGAUGAGGAGGAGGAGUGUGAAGAGCCCCUGGAGGACUGUGAGAGUGAAGAGAGAGGCUCUGAAAGUGAAGGCAAAUGCUGAGUCUGAGCUGAAUGUGGUUAAACCAACAGCAGGCAAGGUGGUGGAAAAGGCUGAGGUGGGGCCUGCAAGGCUAAAACUGGCUGGAGGAAAGGAGACCUCAGUGUAAGGCAUCUGUGAGUCUGAGACACUGAACAGGACCUCUGAAGGUGGGGAAGGUGUGCAGGUAAGAGAGGCCUAGGCUGCAUUCAGGAGAUGGUUGGCUGCUGCCUUGAGAAGAGCCUAGUGGUGGGGGCUGCAGUUUGUGCUUGCUGCUUUAUUCCAUUGAGAUCUCCUCUGCUGCCUCUCCUUUUGUCUAAAAAGAAGUUCAGAAGGGAACUCCAGCACUCCCUGACUUCUGUUCUGGUCUUGCUCUCUGAGUCUGUUGUCCUGGGAUGAAUGGUUGUGCCAACAAACCAACCAACCCAGCCAGGCCACUGCUGCUGGAGGAGCCUGACCUGCUGCCUGGGAUCUUCCCUCCACUUCCUGCUCCAUCUUUGUGCCUGCAGUGUGUUGGCUAAGCCAGGGCAGGGCUGUGGUGCUGUGCUUGGUGCUGUGGCUCCCAGCUGAAAAAGCAGAGCUUGAAGGCAAAAGUUGAAGGAGUUAAUAGGUGAGUG